UAGCAGACGAGGUUCAAGUGAAGCUCUCAUAUCAGCGCUCCUCCUGGCAUGUUUGUGGGAAAUACUAUCAUCAGGAGCUGACUUUCCAUUCCCGCCCCUGCCUUCACAGGGAGGAAGUUCAGGGGAAGUAAUCCAAGCUCUUUUUAUUUGCUGGAAAAAACAAAGACUUCUCCUUAUUUGCCCUACUGAUCUUCAUGGAUGCUGACAGAAACUGUUGGACUUUUAGCAUGUUUAACAGACAGCCGCCAUCAUUCCGUGCUGCAAGGGUGACCCCAAAAUGUCUUCCAACGGUGAUCUGCAAGACGUUGGGAGCUGGGACAGCUUCUGGGAGCCUGGGAACUACAAGAGGACGGUAAAACGCAUUGACGAUGGCUACAAACUAUGCAAUGAGCUGGUCAGCUGCUUCCAGGAGCGGGCCAAGAUUGAGAAGGGCUAUUCCCAGCAGCUGAGUGAUUGGGCCAGGAAAUGGAGGGGUGUUGUGGAGAAAGGCUCACAGUAUGGGACUCUGGAAAAGGCCUGGCAUGCUUUCAUGAAUGCGGCAGACAGACUGAGUGAGAUCCAUAUGGAACUAAAAGAGAAACUGGUUGUUGAAGACAGCGAAAAGAUUAGAAACUGGCAGAAGGAUGCCUUCCACAAGCAAAUGAUUGGUGGAUUCCGUGAGACCAAAGAUGCCGACGAAGGCUUCCGCAAGGCCCAGAAACCCUGGGUCCGAAAACUGAAGGAUGUGGAGUCUACCAAAAAGAGUUAUCACCAAGCCCGGAAGGAAGAGCGCACGGCGUUGACCCGUGAAACUCAUGCCAAGGCUGACCCCACCAAAUCCCCAGAAGAGGUCCGCAAGUUCACAGAACGCCUGGAGAAAUGUACCCAAGAGGCAGAGAAGGCUAAGGAGCGUUAUGAGAGAGCCCUGGACGAGCUGAAUCGCUGUAACCCGCGUUACAUGGAAGACAUGGAGCAAGUGUUUGAAAUCACACAGGAGGCAGAAAAAAAGAGGCUUCGCUUUUUUAAAGAAGUGCUGCAGGACAUACACCAGCACAUGGACCUCUCCAGCAAUGAUGGAUUUCGAGGCCUGUACAGAGACCUCAGCCAGACCAUCAAUGCAGCCAAUGACGCAGAGGACCUCAGGUGGUGGAGGAACACCCAUGGGCCCGGCAUGUGCAUGAAUUGGCCCCAGUUAGAGGAGUGGUCACCAGAAGCAAACCGAUCCAUCAGUCGAAGAGACAGAAACAGUCGUUCUGAUGACGUGGUCACUCUGACUAAUAUUGUCUCAGCGGGAGACGAACCCCCGAAGACUCCACAGGAAACUACGAGGGCGGGUAAAGACUACUCCUCGGACUGGUCUGAUGAAGAGAGCCCCAAAAAAUACAUCGCAGCCAACGGGGUGGACGAGGAGGAGAAGGUGAAGAGUUAAUGAAGCUGGGUGAGGAGGACGAGCAGGGCUGGUGUGGA